GGGCCGGCCACGUUGGUAGCCAUUAGGGUUCCUCAUUACAGUCAUUAGAUCCAGACUUUGGCUGGACAUGGCCCAACGCCACCCGCCGCCCCCUUUCUGGGGUUCCAUCGAUCCUCUUUUCUCACGGCCCCGCCGACCCGUCCCACCUCCAUCCUCGGCCACCAGUAGUCAGUUUAUCCACCUUCAUGACCCGGAUUCUGAUCUGGAUGAUGCGGGUCCUCAUGAAGCGUCGGCUUCACCCGUGAUUCGUACUCAAAUCCACGACACGCCCACGCCUCCGGCCUUUCAAGUGGUUCGAAAUUUGAAUUUUGAUCCCCGGCCAGCCCCGCCCCUUCCGCCCACCCAAGCUAUUCUUGAAUCGAGUCCGGAUUCGUCAUGCUCCAUUAGUCAGGACUUAUUUGAUGAGGGGGCGGGAGCCUCGGACGAAAGGAUGGGCAGUCCUCGCAUUGAAACCAUCAGUUCGGGGGGCGGAGUCGAGAAAUGGGUCACGCCCCCUAGAGACGAACAACCUGAUCUCGGCCCGGGUCGGUCUUACAUUUCGCGUCCACCCACGACGAGUUCGAAAAAACGGAGGAAGAAAAUCGGCCUGGCCGCCAAGUUGGAUCUCGUUUGGCGGGAAAGUCAAACGGAUCGACUUCUCAAGACCCACAUCCAAGGCGUAUCCGCCUUUUCGGAAACACCAUCCGAUGGUGACCUGUGUCUGUACAUCGAUCAAGUCACGGAUUAUCGGGCUUUCAAGAACCUCACGUGUCAUAGUUCCAUUCAAUCAGAUCGUGUCUACCAAGUCGCCAUCCAACCCGCCGAUCUACCUCAAGUCCCUUGGGAAUGCCUCGUAUCGGGCACCGAAAUUCGAAUUCCUUUCCCUUUUUAUACGUCUUCCCGUCUGUCCAAAGACGACUCGAUUCAAGUGAUAUUCGGGAUCAAACGACUUGAGAUUCUUGAUCAAGCCGUGGUCAAAUCCAUCCCGGAAUCGACGCUAUUUUCUUGGCAGUGUCCGUGCUUUGUUCCUCAUGAUCCAAUAUAGAUGUCUUCAGAUUGUUUGAUCUGCAAUGUUUUCAUUUAUUCGGGUACUUUUCUA